GAAACCCCGUGUACAGGACACCGCCAUCUUGGAUAAGGGAGGGAUGGGGGCGCAGUAAAGCCGUCAGAGCUGAGCCUGUGGGAGCCCCGGAGAGAGGCGGAGACCCAGCCCGGCCGCCGCUGCCCAGCCCGAAGCAGAGCCGUACAGCGCCCAGAGGGGACCGGGCUGCCGCCGCCGCCGCCACCGAGAGAGCCAAGCUGCACAGCCACCAGCUCCCCGAGCCCAGUGUAUCCAGUGGGCUCUCAAGACUCCCCUCCCAUCUUUCUGAACCAAUGAAAUCGGCACUUUCCCUACUGAUCAAGAGUGUAUCAAGCUGGUGACUUAAACAGCCCAGUAACUAAUUGCUAGAGAAUCCUAGUGCCACAAUGGCAACUGCACCUUACAACUACUCUUACAUAUUUAAGUACAUCAUUAUUGGGGACAUGGGUGUAGGAAAGUCCUGCUUACUUCACCAAUUCACAGAAAAGAAAUUUAUGGCUGACUGUCCCCACACAAUUGGGGUCGAAUUUGGUACAAGAAUAAUUGAAGUUAGUGGCCAAAAAAUUAAACUGCAGAUCUGGGACACAGCAGGACAAGAGCGAUUUAGGGCUGUAACACGAAGCUACUACAGAGGAGCAGCAGGAGCGCUCAUGGUCUAUGAUAUUACUAGAAGAAGCACAUAUAACCAUUUAAGCAGCUGGUUGACAGAUGCAAGGAACCUCACCAAUCCAAAUACUGUGAUAAUCCUCAUAGGGAAUAAAGCGGAUCUGGAAGCACAGAGAGACGUUACAUAUGAAGAAGCCAAACAAUUUGCAGAAGAAAAUGGGUUGCUGUUCCUUGAAGCAAGUGCAAAAACAGGAGAGAAUGUUGAAGAUGCAUUCCUGGAGGCUGCCAAGAAAAUCUAUCAGAAUAUCCAAGAUGGAAGCCUGGAUCUGAAUGCUGCAGAGUCAGGUGUACAACACAAACCUUCAGCUCCGCAGGGGGGUCGACUAACCAGUGAACCCCAGCCUCAGAGAGAAGGCUGUGGUUGCUAGUGACCUCUAUUCCAUGGCUCCAUUUUUGACCUUUCACCUCUGUUGGAAGCAGUACUUUUGACUGCUUCACUGUCUUCUGUACAUCUUACUGGGUUUAAUUAAACUCCGAGACAACAGUUUAACACAAUACUAAACUGCUAAACAACUUUAGAUGUAAUCAGGUUAUCAAAGGCAAGUAGAGUAAUAACCUCUCCUGCAUGGUAAAUCUAGAAGUUUUUUCCAGUUGUCUGUGUGAUAGUGUCACCAAUACAUGAUUUAAAUUGAGCACUGAUGCUGGACUCAUGAUUUUACACUUUUGCAGGGCCUUUUCUUGUACGGUUUAAUUUUAUGGUUCUUCAGCCUUCCUUCCCCAUCUGUAACUGUUCUAAAUCUGUCCAUAGUAACUGAUGUUUAUUUGCUGUGAAAUGACUUGAUGGUAGAAAAGGGGCUCUAUAACAAUGUGCUUUUGUUGGAGGAAUUCCCUGUGGCGGGUGUGUGUUGGUGGGCUAGCUUGUUGCAGGAGUAUACAACUUACUUCUGUCUUAGCCUAGCACAGGGAAAACAGUCCACUCUUUCUUCUUGUGCUCAGUAGCUUUACAUCAUUUUUUGCCAUUUUAUCCUUUACAUUUGUUAACAGAGCGUAAAUAUGUAUAAAAUUUGAAGGAACUGAGCUAACAGUUAAAUACAUUCUGUGUAUAUGAUUUUAAUGAAGAAAAUAAAUUGAUUACUGGCAUUAGAACAGUAUAUAAGAAAAUAUCAGUUUGUACAGUAUGAUCUAUAUGUGACCACACUUUUCCCCAUUUAGUCAAAGAUAGAUGUAACUGCAGUUCACUAACAUAAGCUUAACUCCUUGGUGUCAACAGUGGGCGUUGUGCUGGGGAACUCUACUCCCGAUGCAACAAUAUUAACACUAGUAGAAUAUCUGUCUUUGUUCCAUCUUUGCACUGUGGUAUAUCUAGGCCUCUUUAUUAACCCUGUUUGUGUGCAAUCAACAGUGUGCUAACCUGCUUCUCUCUUUCUGUAAGCAUUUUGCAUUGGGCUUAAUUUCCUGCCUUGCAUUGUAUAGAAUGGUUCUAUUACACAUUUUAUGCUUUUAUACCUUUUUGGGAGUGGUCAGAUUCUGAACUGGACAGUCAGAACUCUCUAGGGAUUUUUAACUACUUUUGCAUUUUUAUUUACACUACAGUGAAACUUUUUUUAAACAAUUAGGGUCCCCUCUUACUAAAAGCAUUUAGAACACUGCCUUCAUAAAAUUACACAUGUUGAAAGUGCUCUUUAUAAAAUGGGAGAGUUCAAAUCGUAUCCGGGCAUAUGCAGACUUUGUUAAAGUACAUGUGGUAUUUUCUAUUUGGUUAGACCAGUGUAUUUAAAUCUCUAUACACAGUACCAUGCUUCACAUGAAAUCGAAUUUUCAUUUCUGAAACUUCAAAUUUGAUUUAGAGGUGGCGGGGGAAAGAAUAAGUGGCUAAGACAGAGAGAACAUGCUUUUGUUAUACCUACCAUUCAUUCAUUGACACCAGUCAAACUGCAGUAUUUAAAAUACAAAGUAGUCUUAAAAUCCCUCUCUACAGACACUAAGAGAAACUAUCCAAUGUUCAGACUUCUAAGCAAAGAGUGGUACCGGAGUAUUGUACAGUCAAUGUUAAAUAAAAGCCAAAACUGAAAUGUGCAGACAAUAGGAUUUGGGUAACUUGUGCACUGUCCCUUGUUUUUUGUCUGGUUGGUCUUUUUUAAACCUAAGAUUAUUAAAGUAGAUUGGUAUAAUGUUAAAAAUUUAUGGCUGAUGCAUUUUGCUAAAACAAAGUUGCACUGCAUAGGGGUUGCCCAGGGACCAUGACCUGCUGAUGAAACAAAAUUUGGGUGAAGUAAACAGCAUUCUAAUGACUACAGCUAGUUGAGGUGCAAUGCCCUUAUUCUCAAAGUAACUUACAGUAGGUCUCAUUGUUUCUGUGACAGAAAGGACUUGUUUGGACUGCUGUACUCUUCAUUUGGUGUAACAAUGCUAUUAAUCUAAAUAUUUGUAAAUAAAGUACCUGUAUCUAGAUAAA